AUGGGAUACACCAAAGCAUUUACGUUGGAUAAAGGUGGGAAAAGCUCAUGGUUUGACUGUCACCGCAGAUUCCUACCAGCAAAUCACCCGUAUAGAAGAAACAAGACAAAUUUUAAAAAAGAUGUACGAGAGAAAGAUUUGCCUCCGCCUCGAUUGCCACCAGGGGUUAUAUGGAACCAAUUGCUACCAAUUGCAUUUGGAUCGCUACCCAAACAUGUUCUUGACCCACUAACUGAAAUUAGUCAAUUUUUUAGAGAUAUUUGUGCGUCAGCUUUAAAAGUGGAAGACAUCAUUAAGUUGGACCAAAACAUUGCACUCAUUCUUUGUAAGUUGGAACAAGUAUUUCCGCCUGGUUUCUUUGACUCCAUGGAACAUUUACCUGUGCAUCUUGCAUAUGAGGCUUAUCUUGGUGGACCUGUUCAAUAUAGGUGGAUGUAUCCGUUUGAAAGCACUGCAGAGCAUGUCCGACGGAUGACUAAGGAGAUGGGGAGACCACCAUUGAUGAUUGAGUUGAUUACGAGGACUCGGACAAAAAAAUCGGGAGGUUUUGUCGACGACCGCACCCAGAAAGCUUUUGAUGAUUAUCAGACAUUGCUAGCAAAUUUUCUAGAACACAAUCCGCAAUAUAGGCCAGCAGAGGGGGAGCCGCUUAAUGGGGAUGUUGAUUUCUAUAUUUGGAAUGAGUGUGAGAUCAUAGUGGAUUCACUUUCUCCUUCUCAUCAAUCUUCCAUGUUCCUUAGUUUUGACAACUCUUUUCCAACACCAGCCAAACAAGACUGCCCUUUUCUCACAUCACCUUCUUAUCCAUCAACAUCAUCAUCAAUUUCAUCAUUGCAAAAGGAGUGCAAGCAAGAGAUUGUUCAUCCUCCUCCUUCAUCUUCUGCUAAUGAUUAUUACCUCUCUGGACUCACUUUUGAUGAUUCUGAAAAGGAUGUCACACUAUCAUCAACACUUGAUUCUCAUCAACUAGGUGUCCAUAUUCCUGAUAUCUUGUAUGAUGAUGUCCUUAAUUGGCCUCUUUCUUGA